AUGUUUUUAGUCAGUGUUUUACGUUGUAAAAUUCGUCCCGUUGUUGAACGUACUGUAAAACGACGUUUAAUAUCUGUCGAGAAAUCAAUAAAAUCCGAACCUAAAGACUCUCCAAAAAAUGGUGGUGGUAGCAGUGAUGCUGCAAAAGGAGCUAAAGAAACAGAAGAGUGGAAUCGAUUAUCAUUAGUGGAAAAAUUUGUGAAAAAGUUUAUGCCUUCUCAGAUUAACUCUAUAGCUAUACUAGUAACGUGUGGCGUCGGUUACGUUAUUGGCGCUCAGGUUAAAAGUGCUCAUGAUGUGAAACAAAGUUUUAAAUAUGGUUCUUGUCCAAAUAUUAAAAUUAAAAAAGAAGAAUUAAUCGAACGGAAAGAAAUAUUUGACUCAUUAGUUAGUAUUUUGAGACCUGUUGAAGACAAAUUAGUUAGCUCUUAUUAUGUCAUUUUGGGCCAACAUGGAGUAGGGAAAACAACAUUGGUUCGUCGUGCAUGUCGCGAUAUUGGACAAGGUGUAAUUUAUGUUGAUGUACCGGCUAAUACUGAUAAAUUUGGUUCCAUGUUUGCUAUUGCUAUCAACUUUAAUUUCAAAGAAAACAUUCAGUUGUCUACAUGGAUUGAAAACAAAAUGUUCGGUGCUCCGCCUGACGAAGGUAAACAGGAGAGUUGGGAAAGAGUCUUAGACAGCUUUGAAAAAUAUGCCCAUAAAUUUAAGAAACAAUUUGGACUUGUUCCUGUGCUUGUUAUUGAUAAUGUUAAUUUGUUAGCUGAAAACAAGCCAGAGGUUUUGAAAAUAUUUCAGGAAAAUGCUAAAAAUGCAAUUGAUAAUAGUGCUUACGUAACAGUUUUUGUUUCAAGCGGAACAAAAACACCAGAACAAAUGGAAGGUCGAAGUAGUAUAACACGAUGUUCAUCAUUUAUUGAAAUAGGUGAUUUGACUAAAGAUGAAGCAAUGGAAUAUUUAACUAAAAAACGAGAAAUAAAGGAGGAGGAUGCUAAAAUAUUAAUUGAAUUAUACAAUGGAAGAAUAAAAAGUUUACAAAAUGCAGCUUCCAAAAUUCAGCGUGGUGUACCUGCUGAAACUAUUGAGCGUACGACACUGGAAGAUAUUCGACGAAAAGUAGAAAAGAUUAUAUCUCGUUUAUCAACCAAAGAACAAAAGCUUUUAUUUCGUAUACUAUGUCAUUUUUUAACGCACCAAGAAAUGAGCGUUAAUGAUUUGAUAUCGCUUGAAAACGAUCAAACAAUUAGAUUAGGCGUUAUAAAUGACCUACAAAAUGAAAGUCUUUUAUCACGAACUGUUCGUAGUGGAAAUUACGUUUUACAUUCACAAGCUGUCAGAGUCUGUCUACAAAAAUAUUAUGAAAAAAACUGUAAAGGACUAGAUAUAAAAUCAUGGUAA